AUGUCCGCGGCUAUCUCCCCUAAUCCUGCCAAAUCUGCUACUGCAUUCGCUUUUGAAAAUAUGAGUGCCGGCGAACUACCGCGCUUGCUUUCGGCUCUGGAAGGAGGAAAUACUAUUCAAGAAGGAGAACCCGUUCAUUUGGAUGUUCGAGUUACGUCCGAUUCUGAUAUCCAAAUUACCUGGAUGAAGGAUGGCAAUCCGAUCUUGCCUGGCUCAAGAAUGCACGAUGCCUAUGAUCGUGGCUACGCAUGUUUGGAUAUUGAGUACACUUUUCCGGAAGAUACGGGCACUUAUUCCGUUGUCAUCACUAAUCGCUCUGGAAGUGUUCAGUCGAAUACUGUUCAAAUCAGGUGA